CUCAGGCUCCACAUGGAGGAAAUGAGUUGAGUUGAGUUUCUCUAAACGUCUCUCAGUGGAACUGACACAGGAUCAGCUGAUACUAAUACUCAACACCAGUCCAACACUUCCACACUUUUGAAGGAGGAUGGAGGCGUGCAUGAUGAAGCCAGAGGUCAAAGGGAAACCGAAGCCGCCUAAACCUCCUCCAAAGCCCACCGAGAUUAAGAGAAGUGACCCAGAGAAACCAGCUCCCGUGGUUCCUCCUCGACCUUCAGACGCUGAACUGACUCAGACACAAUACAGAAUAAAAAGAGCAGCAGCGACAAACAAUGAGGAUGAUGGAAAAAAAGACAGAAAAGUGAAAUCGCCUGAAACUCCUCUGGCUGCGCCUCGACGCAGAGACAAGGUUCAGUACCCAACCAGCCAUGCAUUUUCAACUGAACAGUUAAUACGACUCCAGGAACUGGACACAACAAGCAGGAGGACACACACUGAGGACACGCAGAGAGAAACGAACAAACCAGCUGCUAAAGAUGAAGCAGAUUUCAAACAGAAUAAACCGCUGGACCUGACGGGAAUGUUCCGACGGAGCCAGAAGGAGAAAACGUCCACGUUCACUAGUUAUGCGUUUGACGACUGUGACGAGGAGGAAACAAGAAACGUCGACGUCUCGGCCAAGCAGGCUCCUGGCAGCAAACCGGGCGUUCUGAAGGGAGUAAAGAAAGGUUGGCAAUUCAAGUCGUCACCUAAGAUGAACAGAGAUAAGAGUCCAAGUCCCGGCUCCGAGGACGGAGUCGCAGAAAAAGAACAAACUGCAGAAAAAGAGAAAAACAAGCUGGAGAAAAACACAGAAUCCAAACAGGACAAAGGUCUGCUCACUGGGAUGUUCCGGAAAACUCCCAAAGAGAAAUUAUACCCUUCACUGACGGUCAGUAAAACAGAUCACGAAGACGAAGAGGUGGAGAAAAUAUCCGACCAGCCUCAGGAGAAGGGAGGCCUCUUCUCUGCUAUCUUUAAAAAACCUGACAAACCAGCAGAUGAGACACCUGAACGGGAGAACCUGAGCGCCCACAGCGAGCUGUCGGCGAGCAGCGACAGUCUGUCUGAACACAACAAGGAAAAGGGAGGAAUAUUCAGCGGGAUGUUCAGGAAAAGUCCGAAACCAGCAGAAGCAGCUCAGACCGACGAGGAGCAACGUGACGACGUGUCGGGCAGUAACGAUAAUCUGUCGGAAAACUCGAAGCAGGAUAAAGGAGGAUUCUUCAGCGGGAUUCUCCGGAAGUCUCCCAAGAUUCCUGCAGAGGGAACAUCUGGGCAGGAGAAAGAGUCGCUGGGGACUGAGCUGACAGCCAGCAACGAGAAUCUGUCUGAGAACAGCAGCACUAAAGAGAAAGGAGGCGUCUUCAGUGGAAUGUUCAAGAAAUCUCCCAAACUGUCCGGAGGGCCUCGACUGGAGGAGGCCGCGGAGCCGCUGCACGGUGAACUCUCCGCCAGCACAGACAGCCUGUCGGACAACAAGGAGAAAGGUGGUUUGUUCAGUGGACUCCUCAGAAAAACUCCCAAAACAGCCGGAGAGGAGAAUCUGUCGGCACAGAAGAAUCUGUCGGCGAGCAGCGACAGUCUGUCGGAGGCGUCCAACACAAAGGAGAAGGGAGGUGCGUUCAGUGGAAUAUUCAAGAAAUCGUCCAAACCUGCAGACGUUCCCACAGAGAAAGACGCUGAGCUGAGCGGCAGCAGUGAAGCUCUGUUUGAGAACAACACCAAGGAAAAAGGAGGAAUAUUUAGUGGAAUAUUCAAAAAACCGACCAAACCUGCAGAAGCUGCUGAGUCUGAGGAGGAUGAAUCUCCGGAUAAAGAGCUCUCAGGCAGCAGUGAAAAUCUAUCUGAGAACAAGCAGGAGAAAAGUGUGGGUCUGUUCAGCGGACUCCUCAAGAAAACUCCCAAAGCCUCAGGAGAGAAGUCAGAGUCGCCGGAAAGAGAAGAGAAGGAGCUGUCGAGCAGCAGCGACGACCUGACGGAGAAUAAGGAGAAAAACAUUUUCAGCAACAUGUUUAAGAAGCCGCAGAAACCAGCAGAGGGCGCUGCAGCAGACAAGGAGCAGGACGGAAACGGUGGAAAACAGAUUUCUGGAAGCUUUGAGAAUCUGACGGACGCGACCGUCCAGAAGGAGAAGAAAGGAGGCCUGGGUGGAAUCUUCAAAAGGUCGUCCAGCAUUGACAACCUGUUCGAUGAGGAGAAAGGUGGACUUUUCAGUGGCCUCCUCAAGAAAACACCCAAAGCGUCUGGAGAUGAUGCCGAGGACAAAGACGAGCUGAGGGCGAGUAACGACAGUUUGUCUGAAAACACCAACACCAAGGAGAAAAGUAUUUUCAGUGGGAUGUUCAAGAAAACUCCAAAAGCAGCAGACGAGGAGUCAAACUCAGACGAGGAUAAGAAAUUAUCAGCCAGCUCCGAAAAUCUGUUAGAAGUGAACAAAACGAAGGAGAAAAGCGGAGGACUUGCAGGCAUCUUCAAAAAAUCUCCCAAACCGGCUCCGCGCUCUGUCGCCACCAAGGAUCCACUCUCGAAGGAACUGUCCUCCAGCAGGGACAGUCUGGAAGAUGCUGAUGAGGAGGAUCCGUCAACACAGCGUGAGAUGUUUGCCAGUAACGAGAAUCUCCUUGAAGCUACAGGCAACGCGAAGGAAACUAAAGGAGGAUUUGCUGGGAUGUUCAGGAGGACGCCGAAAACUGUGGAGCCACAGGAGAGCGUGGACAUGGAGGCUCCACAGGGAGGCGGGCUGAAACGCAGGAGGACGAUCAAGAAGAAAAGACGAAUCGUGUCUUUCAGAAUCAAGAAGACUCUUCCUAAAAUACCGAAGGGGACACAGUCUUCAGAUAAGAUGCCAAUCAUCACGGAGACAGUGGAGAUGCAGGAGCUGAACCCGGCACAGGAGAGCACAGUGGAGGUCCAGCCUGUGGUGAUGGCAGCGUACCCGACAGAAGGCGACUCUCUUCAGUCUGAGCUGGAGAACGAUGAACUGACCGAGUGGUGGAACACAGUGAAAGGUUGGGCAGAGUGGAACGAGAUUUCCAAUUUCCAGCCGGAGGAUGGAGAAAUGGCUUUGGAGCAGGCAGCCGAUCGUGUCUACAUGGCCGCUCGUCUCUUCGUGCGUCUUUUCAACAAGCGGGGCGCGUCCUUACAGCACCGCAUCCUGGAGCUCCUGUCCCUGGCCGACGCAUCCGAUCAGUUCCACAAGAAAACGGUGUCGGCGGCGGUCGGCGGAGGCGUGGCCAGCGUGGCCGGCAGCGUGGCCACGAUCACGGGGCUCAUUCUGGCCCCUUUCACCUUCGGGGCCUCCAUCAUCGUCACGGCGGUGGGGAUAGGCGUGGCGACGGCCGGCAGCAUCACCUCGGCCACGGCUAACAUCACGGACGCGGUUCACUCCAACAUGGACAGGAAGAAGCUGGAGAAGAUGAUCCAGGACUACCAGGAGGAAAUCAAAGACAUCAGGGAGUGUAUGGAGUUUGUGCAGGAAGGUAUGAACACCCUGGAGGAGUGGGACUUUGAAAAAUAUUCUCAGAGUGCUGCCAAAAAGGCCAUGAACCACAACAUUAAACACGUGAUGAAGGAGGGCGGCCGCGCUGGGAAAGCCCUGAUGAUCAACACUGACAAACUCAUCAGCACCGUGCAGAUUCUGGGCGCGGCAGGCGGCGCCGCCAAAGCCGCCCAGGCCAUCAGCGUCACCACAGGGGUCAUGUCGGCCCUCUUCCUCGCUCUGGAUGUGUUCUUCCUCGCCAAAGACUCCCGCGAGCUCCACAAAGGCGCCAAAACCAAAUUCGCCACCAAGAUCAGAGAGGUUUGUAAAGACCUGCAGGGCGGCCUCCUGGAGCUGAACAAGGUCAAGACGCAGCUGCAGAAAACCAUGGACGGCAUCGAGUUGGAGGAGUACGAGGAUUUCGAGGAAGUGGAGGUGGAGGUCGAAGACGAGUUUGAGUCGGACCCGAAGAAGCUGGCCGAGCUGGAGCAGGAGCUGGACCUCCUGGAGGAGAAACUGGACAAGAAGGUCGAGGAGGAGCAGAAGAACAAAGAGCUGGAGAAGGAAACUCUUAAAAACAAGGAGGAAAAAGAAGAUCCAGAGAAAAAUAACGAAAAGGAGAAGAAGGAGGAAACAGGGGAAGAUGACAAAAAGGAGGAGGGAAAGAAGGGAAAAGAGACGGAAAAGGAUAAAGAAGAAGAAAACAAAUCUGAGCCCAAAGUGGAGAAGCAGCCUGAGAAGGAGGUUUUGAAAGAACAAUCUCAGAAAGGAAGAAAAAAAGACAAAGAAAUGGAAAACCGGAUAACGGCUGUGAAAGAAAUUUAUGAGAGCAAGCGAGACAAGGCUAAAGAAGAAACGGGAGAGGACUGUGGAGGAAAGACGAGUUCAGAGAGAGUCAGAGCGGAGAGAGAGAGUCAAAGAAGUGAGAGCAGCAGAGGGGAUGAAAGAGGGAUGAGGCAUGAGGGGAAAUCAGCGAGUAAAGCGAAGGAGGAGGAAAGUGGGAGCACGAGGAGACACAGCAGCAGAAGCAAGCAAGACGGAGAGAGAUGGAGGGAAUAUAAAACGAGAGAAACUGAUAAGGAGAAAGGAAGCAGCAGCAGAGACGUGGAGAGACUCGCCCGAAGGGAAAGUGACAAGACGGAGAGAUGGAGGAGGCCAGAGGAGGAGCGAGGGGUGAGAGACUGGAGAGCUGAGAUGAGUAGAGAGGAGAAGAGAGAAAGCAAAGAAGGAAGGGAGAGAGGGACGAAACAAGAGGAUCAAGGAAAGAGUGACUCGAGGAGAGAGUCGCACCGAAGCCACGAGUCCGACCAUCAGAGGAGUCACCACAGGAGAGAGCAGGAGGAGAAACGAGGGAGCAGGGUGGAGAGCGCGAGGAGGCAGUUUGAGAGAGCGGGAGGUGAGGAGCAGGAGGAAGAGGAGGAGAGGAAGAAGCGGAGAGAGGAAGGAGGGAGUCGUAGGAGGGACAGAGAGAAGAGGGGAAGUGAGAGACACAGAGAGGACGAACACAGCCGCGGAGGAUCCAGACCUGGAUCCGGAACUCUGAUGGAGGACGGACUCUAUAUUUAGUUUUAAUGGACGAGGACAAAAUCUACACUUUAUUUAUUGUGAACAACUCAAACGACAAAAUCAGAAAAACACGAACAGGAAUCUAUCAUCACUCAUUUCUAACGUCGAUGGUCAUUUAUCAGUUCUUUAAAAAAAACCCUGGGUGGAAGUUCAGCCUCCUGUUUACACACUUUUCAAUAUUCAAACCACAGUUUCUCUCUUAGUAGCCGGUUUAAUAAAUAAUAAUACUCACAACUUUAUUUAUUCGUCACUUUUACAAAGAUUUCAACAUGAAGAACUAAUAAUUAGACCGUAAAAAAUUCAAAAUGUGGAAUAAAAUACAGCUGCACCGUGUUAAAUAACUCAAAUAUAAGAUUAAAAGCAAUAAAACUAACAAUUAAUACAACAGAGGUCUUAAAAAUAAUGUUAACAAUUAACUCAGAUUUCUGAAUAGAGGUACUACGGGGAUCAAGAACCCUGAGAGAUUUCAGCCGGACACAAACUUCACAGAUUUCUUAGAAACCGUGUUUCAAAAAAAUCUAAUUUUGAAAUUAAGAAAGUGGGAAGAAGAACUUUCUCUCCACCACACAGAAGCUCCGAUUAAAUAUUGUUGAUGUUGUACUGAUGGUUUGACUUUGCAUUAAAUGUGCGGCUGUGGAAAGAGAAGCUGCUGUUUACACUAAUACUAGUAGAAAUCACUGCUCGGCCUUUUAAAGCUGCUGCUGGUAGAAUUUAGUUUAUAUUUAGAAAGUCGAUAAAUAUUCUAAAACGUUUCAGUCGGACAUUUUAAAACAGUUUAACAUCCUCUUCCUUUUAAACUUCCUGACAUGGUGUAAAUGUAAACAGCUUAGAGGCUGCUCGUGUUUGGUUGAUGGCUCGUGAUGAUGAUUUACUGACGUUGUGCCAGAGGUAACUCUCGUACACUGACCGUGUAUCUCUGAUACAUGAUGCAACACGUUUCUCUGUAUUACUGGUGUUUCAGGGUAAAACUUAUAUUUGUCCUUUUCCUACACACAUGCUGUGUUUGUAUUGUGUCGUCCGAGGCGGCGGUGCGUCUUGACAACGUGUCUGGAACACGGUGCCAUGUUGCACUUUGUCCGUUUACACUACUGAUGCUUCAUAUUUUCACUGUGUGUGUUUUUUAUAGAGGUAAACAUUAUUUUCUACGGUGCUGGUUUCUUAUUGAAUUAAAUAAAUUAUUAGUCAUUGAAA